AUGAAUGAUGUAGAUAAACAAAAUAAUAAUUCAAUAAAGAAUAUAUUUGAAGAAAUUGAUAACCAAUUAAUUAAUGAUAUAAAUGUAGAAAAUAUUUUAAAUGAAGUAACAACUAAAUUAAUUACUAUUCCUAUGAAUAUUGAUGAUGAUGUUAUUAUUAAUUCUUUAAAUUUAAUUUUACCAUCUAUUUCUUCUCCUGUUAUAUUAGAUAAUUUUAAUAAAAUUAUCUCUUCUUUUACUUCUUUGGUUGAAAUUCUUAAUUUAUAUGCUGAAUAUUAUUCUUCUCAAUUAAAUUCUUCUCUUCUUCCUUCAAUUCUUCCUAUUGAACUUCAUUUUAAACUCCUUUCUAUUAAAUCUAUCUUUCUUAAUAUUUAUUCCCAUCUCAAAUAUCUUCUUAUUCUCAAUCUUAAAGACUUUCUUAAUUCAAAUGCUAUUCCUCUUCCUCCUCUUCUCAUCUUCCCUUCUUCUCCUUCUCUCCCUUCUUCUCUUUCUUCUCUUCUUCCUCUUUCUAACCAUUCUUAUCGUUCUCCAAGAAACUUUUUAGACAAACGCUCUAAAUCUAUUCUCAAACAUUGGUUUAUGAAUCAUCUCCAAUACCCUUAUCCUUCUGAACUUGAAAAACAUUCCCUUUGUAAUCAAUGCAAUAUUUCAAUCAAACAACUCAAUACUUGGUUUGCUAAUUAUCGUUCUCGUACUAAGAAAAAAUUUAUUAACCAUGAAACUCCUUUUCAACUUUAA